AUGUGUAUAACUCUCUGUUUGGUAACAGGUGAGCACGGUUGGACUGCCAACAUGGAGAGAAUUAUGAAAGCCCAAGCUUUGAGAGAUGACAGUAUGGCUGGAUAUAUGUCGAGCAACAUGACAAUGGAGAUCAAUCCUGAGAACCCAAUCAUGGAAGAGCUGAGAAAGAGAGCUGAUACUUAUAAGAACGACAAGUCUGUGAAAGACCUUGUUCUUCUGCUCUUUGGGACUGCUCUCCUCACAUUUGGGUUCAGUCUCGAUGACCUGAACACCUUUGGAAACAGAAUCCAUAGGAUGUUGAAGCUCGGGUUGAGCAUUGAUGAGGAUGCAGGGGAUGCUGAGGUUGAUUCUGAGAUGCCUCCAUUGGAUUAUGUUGAUGCCGAGGGCUCCAAGAUGGAGGAAGUCGACUAAUAUUAUAAAAUGUUAUGGUUUUAUUUUAUUCUGAUAACAUCUUUUGGCUCUAAUGUUUCAUGGGAAUUCUGUAGAACUUUGAAUGUUCUUAUAUUUUGGAAUAUUAUAGAUUCUUAGU